GUACCAUUUUGGAGACGCGCCGGGGGAACGCUAACAACAACCCCUGGCGUUGACGAUAUGCACCGCCGGAUAGCCAAACUGUUGCGGAAAGAGCUCUGUUGCUGUUGUGUCGUGAUAAAUCUUCCCAAAACUGUACGCGGCAGAUGCGAGAAUAGUGCCAUGACAAACUGUGACUUCAUCGGAUGACAAGUGAUUCACGCGACGUAUAUGGCGUGUAGCCUCCGCUUGUGGCGUGGCAUUUGCAUAUUCUCACCUGUACGCUCGUGUUUGUUUUUGAGUUAAAUAAUUGGCCGAAACAUUCUGUCCCAAAACAAGCAACGGAGCUCAAUAAUGCAUUCGCUCUGGGGAGGAGGACAUUGUUUCACGCAGUGGUUGGCUCGAUCGAUCGAUCGACAGUGUUCGAACACGAAACCGAUCACUUUCACGCGGGUGUCGCGUGGGCGACUUGAGCAUUCAUCUUCACCAGUUUCGUCUUUGGUGGAGUUUUUUUUUUGGGAGACGAAAACAAGUCUAAAACGAUCCUAAUAAGCAAAUACGGUAACACGCUUGUGUUUCAUCGUGCCAGGCCUAAUCUGUGGCAGUUUUUGGGGGAUAGUGGGAGAUCACAUAAAAAUCGCUAAUUUAUCGCACACGAAUUGGUGGUCGAAGAGGUGCUAGAGCUGAAAUUAACUAAUAUUUUAUUUCACCUUAAUUAACGCUAUUAAACAAAUUUACGAGCAGAGCAGAGCGUUUAGGUUGAAAUAAAUUAGCCAUUGUCCAGCAGCUAAAGGUGCAUUUGGGUACGGAGAAAAAGGGCAGCCAACGAACCAUCGCAGCACUUGUUUUGUUGAAGCGGCUCAGUUUUCCCUUUUUUUAAUUCACCUGCUGGGGGUUGGUGGCUUUUCGCUGGGAAGUUGGUCACAGAGAUAGCGCCACGGAGACACUCCACACGCGUGUAACUUUGACAUUUUGGGGCCCUCUGUGUGCAAGCGUAUGUGUAACAUAAUCCCUAUUACGCGGGCUUGGAGACUCUGGUUUUAUGUGUGCCUUCGGGGGCCUUUUGCCUGCAAGGUGCGGUUUUUGAGGCUGAGGUUUUAUAGCGCGUCUGCAUUUAUGUCGUUUCGAACGUCAUUUACAGCUCAUCGACACUCUCGUUCGCCGUUAAUGGGAGUCUGCGUUGAUCGGGGCUGGGGUUUUGCGCAUUACGAUCUGUAGAGCAGAAAAGGAUAGGUAGAUAAUCCGGGUCAGUUUAUUUAAUCCGAUUGUGACGUACAGAUUCCGUAGUACAGCACAACGACAGCACGAAACAGUACAAGAAUAUGGCAAAUUGUGUGGCAGAGCGCAGCAAGAGACAUGGUGGAACUGAUGGAUAGGUGAAUAGAUCUAGUGGAACAAGAAUGAGGAGUUAAAUCUAACAAAACUGUUUAAAUACUCACAAGGUAGUUGGUAAACAUUGGCUCAAAUCAAACAUCAUCAGCUAUCUGCAAACAACAUUGAACUCGUAUAAAACAAGAGCUCUGAAGCACUAAGUCAAUCAAAAGACGAUCAAUCGAAUCGGAAGUCGUUUAAGCUGCAACUGUAAUAAAACAGUGAAUAUAAAAUGUUCAACAAGCUGCACCUUGUGUCACUGCUAGCAUGUGGACUGUUCGUGAUCGCGCAGGCUAACACGGUUAAGAAGUGCGAGAAUAAAAUGCCAGCCUCACUCAAGAGCCAGCUGUGUGAGAUUCGCAAGUACAAACUGCUCGACACUCCCGAUAUGGACAAGCAUAUGGAUUGCGUUAUGAAGGCGCUCGAUUUCGUUCGGCCCGAUGGAACGGGUGAUUACCACAAACUGAUCAAACCGCUGAACGCGAUCGAGAAGGACCGGAAGCAUGAUUUCAACCUGGAAAAGUGUGGCGGACAAACGCAGCACCUGCCGGUUGGAAAACGUGCCAAUGCUUACUACAAGUGUUUGGUGGAGUCCACGUCUGGCGACGCGUUCAAGAAGGUGUUCGACACGGUGGAGUUGGUGAAGGCGAAAAAACUGCCAGCCUUGUCACAGUACACAUCGGUUGUGGAUAAGAUGAUGAAGAAAAUCGAUGACAAGAUUUGCAACUAAAGAAAGGACCUACGAUGGAUAUGUAAUGAAGAUUAAAUAAAGCUAUUGCCAUAUUGAUGC